CCAGGUUGUGCUGCUGUACUUAAUAUGUUAUUACACAUGUGUUGUUAUUUAAAUGAGUUUUUUAUUAUAUAUGUAUAUAUAUACAUAAAAAUAUUGACAUUUGCUAAAAAAAAUACAAAAUAAAAUAAUUAUACCAAAAUGUCAUAUUUUGAAAAUAAUAUUUGGAGUAAAAAUGAAUAUCACACACUUGGACGUAAAGAAAAUGACCAAGCUGGUAAAUCAAUCAUCGGAUCAAUUGUCAUCGGUAUAUUUCUGAUACUUUUGGUGAUAUCACUAUGGAAUAUAGGCCGUCAUAAUUUAUCAAAGACUUAUGUAGUAAUUAUAGACACUAAUUCAAAUUUACUGCACAAAACAUCAGAACGUUAUUUAUCAUUCGGCUUAGAUUCCUCGUUGCUUCGCGAUAUGGAUAGAUUUCCUGUUAAAAAUGAUACAUUUAUUAACUUAGCGCGUUAUUUAAGUCCCGCAUUUGUCAGAGUGGGUGGGACAUCCGCAGAUUGUAUUUUUUUUAACCAACCAGUACCCGAAGCUACUGAAAAAAUAACUAGUCCAGUUGAUGCUCAGGACAUUAGUAAUUUUACUUUGGCCAGCGAUGAUUAUCUAGCGAUAUAUCAGUUCACUGAGAGAGCGCAAUUGAGAAUGAUGUUUGAUCUUAAUGCUUUGAUCAGAGACCCUGAUAAUCGUUGGGAUGACACCAAUGCUAAAGACAUUAUUAAUUUUUCUAAAGGACAUUCUAUGGAUAUCGAUUGGCAACUUGGCAAUGAACCCAAUUCAUUUCGUCACGUGUUCAAUAGACCAGUAUCAGCAAAACAAUUAGCCGAGGACUAUAUUCAUCUCCGACGUCUUCUAAAUCAACUAGGAUACGAAACAAGUUUUCUAGUCGGACCGGAAGUUAAUCAUAUUGGAGACAAUGAUAAAGCUGGAGAAAAAUAUGCCACUGAAUUUUUAGAAAAUAAUGAAAACAGCGUUGACUUUUUAACGUGGCAUCAAUACUAUCUCAAUGGUCGCGAAGCCAAAGUUGCAGAUUUUAUAAACCCAAAUGUCUUUAACCGGCUGCCGAUUCAAAUUAAUAAUGUUCAAGAUGUCAUUAAUCAAACAAACAAAAAUUUAAAGAUGUGGAUGUCUGAAACGAGUACUGCAUAUGGUGGAGGUGCUCCUGAAUUAUCAAAUAGAUUCGUCGCGGGUUUUUUAUGGCUCGACAAACUAGGAUACGGAGCCACUGUUGGAGUUGAUGUCAUUGUACGCCAGACAUUUUUCGGCGGCAAUUACAGUAUGAUUGGUGAAGAUCUUAAUCCAAAUCCUGACUGGUGGGUCAGUGUCAUGUACAAACAGUUUGUUUCUUCAAAAGUAAUCCAACUUAAGACACCAUCAAACUUUGGUAGCAUAAGAUUAUACGGACACUGCACUUGUCCAAGUGCAUUAAUUUCUCGUGUCCCUGCAAUUACUGUCUACGGCGUUAAUUUGAACAACGACUUUGUCCGAAUAUCUUUACUCUACUACUUGAAAAGUUACCCACGUAAAAAUAGUAAAUCAUUUUUAUACAUUCUCACGGCAGAUUACUUGCAAUCAAGAGAUAUAAGAUUAAAUGGAGAAAUUUUAAAAUUAAAUUCUGAUGGAAGUUUGCCAGCUUUCAAACCUAUUAUCGUUGACUCAUCGCAAGUUAUCACCCUACCUCCUUUUUCAAUGGCAUUUAUAAUUAUGCAUGGAGUUGAACAUCGGGCUUGUGAAACAUAAAACUUCUCCAAGCAUUUAAUGUCCAGAAGAUCGGAACGUUUUGCCGCGAAAUUUAAAAAUAUGUAAUUUAACUGCUGAAAGAUGACUGAGUAAUUUUGGCAGCAAUUUUCGGCUGACACCAGCAUCUUUAAGCGAAACGUUUUAGAAAUCUAGACCCAGUGGAUUUUUUUUUUAUAUUUUCGUUUCGCAAAAAAAAUUCCGAUCUUCAGGUACAGCAUUUAUUUAUUUAUAUAUUUUUUACAAUUAUUGUGCUUUAUAUAAAGAACAAUUUUUUAAAGUUACCACAAUAUCAACCGAAUAUUUUUAUAUUAUUUAAAUUUAUACAUUUAAAAGUUUAUAUUAUUUUUAUAACUUAUUUUAAUUGUAAGACUGGAUAUUAAAUUAAAUUAAAUAUCUUAUCAACAAAAAUUAACGGAAUGAAAUUAUAUAAUUAUAAUAAUAAUUACGUAUCAACAUCAUUUAAUAAUAUAUGUAUAUAUUAUAC